UCCCUGGGGCAAGACUGAACAAAGGUCCAGGCCCGCCCUACUCCUCUCCCCGUGUGUCCCAGGAACGGGAACGCGCCUGCAGGAACCGAGCACGUGCAGGACCGAGCGGCAGCGCGCGUGCGGGUAACCUGAACCUGACAGAAUGUUCGCCAAAGCGACUCGGAAUUUCCUUAAAGAAGUUGAUGACGGAGGAGACCUAAUCUCCGUCUCACACUUGAAUGACUGUGACAAGCUGCAGCUCCUGGGUCUGGUGACCAAGAAGAAACGGUACUGGUGCUGGCAGAGACCCAAGUACCAGUUUUUGUCUGUCACCCUGGGAGAUGUUCUCACAGAGGGGCAAUGUCUCAGUCCAGUGGUCGUGGAGUCCGACUUCGUGAAAUAUGAGAGCAAGUUUGAGAACCAUAUGAGCGGGAGCAUCAGGACGGCUGUGGGCAAGGUCAAGCUGAACGUUGGCGGCAAAGGCCUGGUGGAGGGCCGCUCUUCGUUUGGAACCCUGAGGAAGCAGGAGGUGGAUCUGCAGCAGCUCAUACAGGACGCAGUCGGGAGAACGGUUAAUCUGGAAAACCCAGUGCUGCAGCAGGUGCUAGAGAGGAGGAACGAGGUCCUGUGUGUGCUGACGCAGAAGAUUGUGACCACGCAGAAGUGCGUGAUAUCUGAGCAUGUGCAGACGGAGGAGAAGUGCGGAGGCAUGGUGGGGAUCCAGACCAAGAUUGUGCAGGUGUCAGCGAUGGAGGAUGGGUCUGUCAUCAAGGACUCCAGUGUGGUGCUGGAGAUCCCUGCCGCCACCACCAUUGCUUGUGGCGUCAUAGAGCUGUAUGUGAAACAGGAUGGCCAGUUUGAAUUCUGUCUCCUCCAAGGGAAGCAUGGUGGCUUUGAACAUGAGAAGAAAGUUGACUCUGUCUACUUGGACCCCUUGGCCUACAGAGAGUUUGCAUUCCUGGACAUGCCGGAUGGGGGUCAAGGGACCUCUCCCCAGGAUGGGCCACUACACGUUUUAAAACAAGCUGCUGCACACCUGGAGAGAAGCUUCCAUCCCUUUGCAGAGUUACCUGCCCAGCAGCAGAUGGCGCUGUUCUGCCUCCUGCAGACAGUCUUGUUUGACGAGGAACUCCUCAAGGCUCUGGAGCAAGUGUGUGAUGAUAUGGCUGGCGGCCUCUGGUCCUCUCAGGCUGUCUUGGCGAUGGAGGAGUUGACAGACAGGCAGCAGCAGGACCUCACAACCUUCCUGCAGCUGGUGGGGUGCAGGGUACAGGGUGAGCGUCCUGGCCCGCAGGAUGAGGUCAGCAACCAGAAGCUCUUUGCAACAGCCUACUUCCUGGUCAGUGCACUAGCAGAAAUGCCAGAUAAUGCCACAGUUCUCCUGGGGACUUGCUGUAAACUUCACAUUAUUCGUACGCUGUGCCACCUGCUCCAUGCUCUGUCUGGUGAUAGGGUAUGUGAUUUUGAAGACCCCGCCUUGGCUCCUCUGAGAGAUACUGAGAGGUUUGAGAUUGUGCAGCGUUUGUUUGCCUCUGCUGACAUUGCCCUGGAGAGGAUGCAGCUGUCUGUGAAAGCCACCAUCCUGAAGGACUCUUGCAUCUUCCCACUAAUUCUUCAUAUCACUCUAAGUGGGCUUUGCACUCUAAGUAAAGACCAUGAGUAAUGUCUUUGUCAGAACUACGUGCUACUGACCAAGGCUGAGUACUUUAGAGAAUUGAGAAAAUACUGUGGGAUUUGGGUCCAAGCAUGUUAAAAGAUGGCCAGUGAAUUCCAAAGCACAAUAAGUGGUGACUAAAUGCCUGCAAGCACUGUGCCAACAGUCAGUGACCCGGGAACCAUGGUAAAUCCUAACAUUUGAGUUACUUGAGGGAAGAGUCAACGGCUUUGUACUUCACCCACCUGUCACCUUAUUUUACACUCACUGCUGUUAUACAAAAACAGAAAAAGUCUGAGACUUCAAAAUUCAUCUCAGGCUGUGAAAGCUGUAGGAAAGCAAUUUCUCCUCACUUCUUUCCGACAUGCUGUCUGUAACACAGUGACUGGGAGACUGUAAUGCUACUUGAGUGUAUGAAACAAAAUUGUAUUAAGGACACCUCAACAUGGGGACUUAGAUAUAUUCCUUUGAUUUGACUUUGUUAUGCUUUGAUGAACAUACUAUGUCUGGAGCAAUUCCAGUGGAUUUUGGGAAUCUGUCACAUGCUGCCAUUUCUAUCAAAAGAAAUUCUGAACUAUG